AUGUCGGGUUGUGAAUGAUCGGUUUCUGAAGCGGCCGGGAACAUCAACAUAAUGGCUCAGCAAAAGAAUCUGGAGGGAUAUGUGGGCUUUGCUAGCCUGCCCAACCAAGUCUACAGGAAGUCUGUCAAGAGGGGCUUCGAGUUCACCCUCAUGGUCGUGGGUGAAUCAGGACUGGGAAAGUCCACAUUGAUCAACUCUCUGUUCCUAACAGACCUGUAUUCAGCAGAGUACCCUGGGCCUUCACAUCGAAUUAAAAAGACUGUGCAGGUGGAGCAGUCUAAGGUGUUAGUAAAGGAAGGUGGAGUUCAACUCCUACUCACGAUAGUGGAUACCCCAGGAUUUGGAGAUGCUGUGGACAACAGUAAUUGCUGGCAACCAGUCAUUGACCACAUAGACAGCAAGUUUGAGGACUACCUGAACUCAGAGUCACGUGUGAACAGACGGCAGAUGCCCGACAGCAGAGUGCAAUGCUGUCUCUACUUCAUCGCCCCCUCUGGACAUGGGCUGAAGCCCUUAGACAUUGAGUUCAUGAAGCGGUUGCAUGAGAAGGUGAACGUCAUCCCCCUCAUCGCCAAAGCAGACACUCUUACUCCAGAAGAAUGCCAACAGUUCAAGAAGCAGAUCAUGAGGGAGAUCCAGGAGCACAAAAUCAAGAUCUACGAGUUCCCUGAAAUGGAUGACGAGGAAGAGAACCGGCUGGUGAAGAAGAUUAAGGAUCGCUUGCCCCUUGCUGUGGUGGGGAGCAACACCAUUAUCGAGGUGGAUGGAAAGAAGUGCAGAGGGAGACAGUAUCCAUGGGGAGUGGCUGAAGUUGAAAACAGUGACCAUUGUGAUUUUACCAUACUACGAGACAUGCUUAUCAGAACCCACAUGCAGGACCUAAAGGAUGUGACCAACAAUGUCCACUAUGAAAACUACCGCAGCAGGAAGUUGGCUGCGGUCACCUACAAUGGAGUGGACAACAAUCGGGCCAAGGGUCAAAUGUCUACAAAAAGCCCCCUGGCCCAGAUGGAAGAGGAGCGGAGGGAGCACGUGGCCAAGAUGAAGAAGAUGGAGGGGGAGAUGGAGCAGGUGUUUGAGAUGAAAGUCAAGGAGAAGAUCCAGAAGCUCAGAGACUCCGAGGCUGAGCUGCAGCGGCGUCACGAGCAGAUGAAGAAGAACCUGGAGGCUCAGCACAAGGAGCUGGAGGAGAAGCGCCGCCAGUUAGAGGAGGACAGGGCCAACUGGGAGGCCCAGCAGCGCCUGGAGCAGCAGAAAAUGGAUGCAUCCAGAACCCUGGAAAAGAACAAAAAGAAGGGCAAGAUCUUUUAAGAAGAGUCUUCAGAACCACCAUGUUGUACCUUGCCAAUAUUGCCAGCCCAGGAAACCUAUUAUGUGUGGCACUGAACCAAACAGAACAGCUUUGGUCCAGCUCAGCCAUGGUUCUGCAUGUACUGUCACAAAUGACCACCAGAGAGCGCUGCCUGUGGAUUCAACCAAGAAAUGUGUUUACGUUAACUAAAUCUAAGGCCAAACCCAAAUUAUAACUGAAUACUGUCCUCGCCCUGGGUCUUAUCCUCUUCCCCAGAGGUUGCAUUUUUUUCCGAAUGAACAACUGAUGAAAAAAUGCACUGUUGUACAAUCCUUUUUUCGGUGAAGGUUUUAUUUGUUUACAGGGAAAAGCAGAGGUGCAUAUAUAUAUUAUCUGUAUCUUCCAUGAUAAGAUAAAGUAAAAAUGGCAACAAAAAAACAUGGCAUUAACAAAAUGUACUUGGUUAACAGGUAAACCUUGUAAUGAACAACCUCCCCAUGCAGUGUAACCUAACAUUCAACAAGUGUCUCCAGUCACAACACUCACCUUGUUAACAGGAGAAAUUGGAAAUUGGAUAAAGUCUAAUGCACCUUGGGCUUUUUAUCCCCCAAAAAUUGUUGAAGCUUUUUUCCUGAAAUUGUAAUGCUUUUUUGUGUUUAGCAAUUUCCACUAGCCUUGCACCACCAUUUAUAACUUGUGUUACAUUUCAGUUAGUUUAUUUUUAUAUACCGAGCCAAUUUACAUAAUACGUUUUUGUAUGUUAGAAAAUGAUUCUGAGACUUCAGUUUCUGUGGAGGAUUUACUGUUUUCAAUACAUUCAGUAGUCAGUGUGUGCAAGGAGCUGGAAAAUGUAUUUCUGUAAGUUGACAUAACCCAACAUCAGAAUUAGCGAGAAAUGAAAGUCAACACCACAUUGCUUUGGCUAUGUAUUAUCUGUAUUCUCUGCAUUUUUUAUUUUAUUUUUCAUUUGUAUUUGUACAAAGUCACUUAAUAAACCUGUGAUGAUAA